GAGCCUGGCAAGACCGGUCGCUUCAGAGGCCCCACUGGACCCUGCGGAAUGAUGCUUAGAGUCAGCUAGUCCCAAAGGCGCUCCUCAGCGUGUUUACCGUGUGCCAAGGACUGUCCUAGGCAUGAGCCAGACAGUGGUGAGGAAAACACAAAGCCCUGUCCUACUGGCGCUCCGGGUACAUAAGGAACAGACAAAUAAGCGAGCAAUAUAUAUAUAUAAUAUUAAAGAAAUUCUGGUAGAGUUCGAGUUCCAUCGGCCCCCCAUCCGGACCACCCUGCCGCCUUAGCGGCUGCUCCUCCCCAGAAUGCUUAUGCCUAAGAAGAGGCUUGCCAUUUAUGAACUCCUUUUUAAGGAGGAAGUCACCGUGGUCAAGAAGGAUGUCCACCUGCCUAAGCACCUGGAACUGGCAGAUAAGAAUAAUGUGCUCAACGUUCAUGUCAUGAAGGCCAUGCAGUCUUUCAAGUCCGGAGGCUACUACAUGAAGGAACAGUUUGCCUGGAGACAUUUCUACUGGUACCUUAUCAAUGAGGGUAUCCAGUAUCUUCGUGAUUAUCUUCAUCUGCCCCCGGAGAUUGUGCCUGCCACCCUACACUGCAGCCGUCCAGGGACUGGCAGGCCUAGUCCUAAAGGUCUGGAGGGUGAGCGACCUGCAAGACUCACAAGAGGGGAAGCCGACAGAGAUACAUACAGAGGGAGUGCUGUGCCUCCUGGUGCUGACAAGAAAGCCCAGGCUGGGACUGGGUCAACAACCGAAUUCCAGUUUACAGGCGGAUUUGGUCGUGGACGCAGUCAGCCACCUCAGUAAAAUUGAAAAGGAUUAUUUUGCAUUGAAUAAACUUACAGUCAAAAAACUUAAAAAAAAAAAAGAAAAAAAAUUAUAUGAUGUCACAAAUGACCCCGUUGC